ACAGACAAAGCCGUGCAAAACAGCGGCGGUAGCAAAGAAGGCUAGAUAGCUAAGCGAACAAAUACAUGUCUCCCUCGUCCAGAAUAGCUUGUCUCAUAUUUAUUCAGAUCUAUAACGAUGCGCGGCUCAUACAAUCGUAAACGAGGUUGUUUUAAGAUCGAGUAAAUGUCUACUAGCCAGUUAAGGCGGAGCGUACUGUACACAUCUAACUUUAGUGGAAUUCCAGCUUCACAGCCAACAUCAUCGACGACGACGACGUAAAAAAAUAAAAUAAACAAACAAACAAACAAACAACAAUAUUUAACAUAGCUAAAUAUCAGCAGCAUGGAUACGAAUGUGCAGAAGAGACGCGAGAACAAGAAAUCACUGCGUGUAAAAGUGAUCAGCCUUGGCAAUGCCGAGGUGGGCAAGAGCUGCAUCAUCAAGCGAUACUGUGAGAAGAGGUUUGUGCCCAAGUAUCUGGCCACCAUAGGGAUUGACUAUGGGGUCACCAAAGUCCAGGUGCGUGACAGGGAGAUCAAAGUGAACAUCUUUGACAUGGCAGGACACCCCUUCUUCUACGAGGUUCGUAAUGAGUUCUAUAAGGACAGCCAGGGAGUCGUGUUGGUGUACGACGUAGGUCUGAGGGAGAGUUUUGAUGCGCUGGACAACUGGCUGAGUGAAAUGAAACAGGAGAUGGGUUCCCAGGCUAACAUGGAGAGCAUCGUUUUUGUUGUCUGUGCCAACAAGGUGGACCUGACUAAGCGUCGUGUGGUAGACGAGGGAGAGGGUAGGCUGUGGGCGGAGUCAAGAGGGUUCCACUACUUUGAGACGUCAGCACAGAGCGGAGAGGGUAUCAGUGAGAUGUUUCAGGCGUUUUUCUCCUCCAUAACGGACAUGUGUGAGAACGGCGGGAAGCGACCGGUGGCAGAGGUCAGUGUCGGCUUCACCAAGGAGCAGGCCGACACCAUCCGACGCAUACGGAACAGCAAGGACUCCUGGGAUAUGCUGGGGGUCAAACCUGGAGCCACACGGGAGGAGGUUAACAAGGCUUACAGGAAGCUGGCUGUGCUGCUCCAUCCGGAUAAGUGCGUUGCCCCGGGCAGCGAGGAUGCUUUCAAGGCCGUGGUGAAUGCUCGCACCUCCCUGCUCAAGAACAUCAAGUAGACGCCAGCUAGGGACUGCUCACCCUGACCCCUCACCCCUCGCCAUGUUUCCUCGUCUAAUACCACCUCACCUUCAGAACAUCAUCAGCUUCUCUACCCCCUCCCAAACCACAAAACCAACCCUUCCCCCUUCUCUGCUCUCCAUCCCUCCCACCCCAGCCCUCUCCUCUCACACCAGAUGCCAUGACAUUUUGCUACAACAGAGUUUUAUAAAGUCACUACUGAUGAUGUGCCACAGCAACUCAGUCUCUCUGUACGGAAGACUAUCAAUGCUUUACACAGUAGUCUUUCACACAAUUGAGAGAGAAGUCACUGGAAUACUGGGUGUGUCAUCUGCUUGGUCAGUUGUGUUUUCUCUGGUCCAGAGCCUUCAAACGGCUUGUUGACCUCUCCUGUUUUAAGGAAGGCUCAGCAUCAGCAAGCCACAUGUAACGCCCUGGACAAGAGCUAUAUAUGUGUACACGUAACGCCCUGGACAAGAGCUAUAUAUGUGUGUAAACAUGAAUGGUUGGUUGUCGUAAGGGGUGGUUGUCAGAAGGGGUGGUUGUCAGAAGGUGGGUAAUGUGUCUGGGUUGAUGCUUGUGAUCUAAUGAUCUUACUUGGGGUCUCUGACUCUCUGGGCAAGCUGAUCCCGUAGACGUAAACUAGUACAUACUUAUAUCCAUACUUAACCAGUGUCAUACAUCCCUACACUAACUUAUAUAUAUAUAUUAUAUAUAUAUAUGCCAUUUAGCAGACGCUUUUAUCCAAAGCGACUUACAGUCAUGUGUGCAAACAUUCUACGUAUGGGUGGUCCCGGGGAUUGAACCCACUACCCUGGCGUUACAAGCGCCAUGCUCUACCAACUGAGCUACAGAAGGAAACUUACUGUCCAUACUACAGCCCCUACACUACAGCCCCUACUCAGCCCUCUGAACAUGCUUACCCCAGCCAGCCCCAUACAGUAGACCUGGUUGGGGUUCAUUCCUUGUUAAUCAUUGGCUCAUUGGUGAAAUUAGCAUUCAGACAAUAUCUUUAAGUAAAUAAUUUAUUCAUUUAUUAAUGCAAUUUCAGACAGGAAGUUGACAACGGGAACAUGGCACCAAUGUUUCCGAGUAAGUUCUGCAAAAUAGAAAAGGUCCCAAGUUGCUUUUCUCAUGCUUGCAGUCAACCCCCUGUGAUGUAACUGCCUACGUCAUUACCUUCUACUCAUGAGACCAAAACCAUGCAGACACAGCUAUAUAAACAAGAGUUUUAGUGUUAUCUAAAAGCUUAGCAGUAAAUGUCCAAGUUGAUUUAUAGUG